UAAUAAUAAUAAUAAUAAUAAUAACAAUCAGCCAAAUAUUAUCAGACUAAUCCUAAUCAGUGUUUAUUUAAAAAAUAAAGAUAUCACCUUUGGUUUACUGAUGUAUCAACAUACUAGUUCUAAACCAGCAAAUAUCAACAUUGAUACAAAUUUUUUUCUCAAGUGUUCUCGAACAGCCAACUUGUUGAUUAAAUAAUAAUAAUAAUACAUUUAUAAAUUAUAAAUCUAUUUUAAUAAUAAAAAUUGUUUGAUGAUAAUUCGAAUGAUGUCUCGAAUAGAGUUAUUGUGGAAGCAAGCGCUAAAAACAUUUACUGGAUGUGAAUCAGCAGGUUAUAAAAUGUGUAAAAAUAAUUUUGAUAAACUCCACAGUAUGAUAAAUGAUAUCAAGGCUGAGGAUGUGGGUGUUGAUAAACGAGUACUUGAUCAUGUUGAAAAUGAUGUUGCACCCAUGUGCUGUAUUGAUAUUUUUGAAAACAAUGAUAUUACAAUCGCUAUUUUUUUAUUGAAGCAUGGGGAAACUUUACCUUUGCAUAACCAUCCUGGUAUGCAUGGCUUAUUAAAGGUGAUUUGUGGUACAGUUAAAAUAAAUAGUUUUACCCCAUUUCAACUAACCGAAAAUUUACCAAAUAGCACAGAAGUAAAUGCACUGAAACAUCCGUCAAAAAUAGUUGAAAUAAAUGAUCCAGCAUGUGUAUUAUUACCACACGACCAAAACUUGCAUGAAAUAACAUGUGUUAAAGGCCCAGCAGCAUUUCUAGAUGUCUUGAGUCCACCUUAUGAAGGAGUAUCCAAUCGAAUGUGUACAUUUUUCAAGCAAGUACCCAAUUCAGCAUCACCAUCCUCGCCAUCGUCGGAGUCGAAAGAUAACUCACCGAUAAAAGUAAAAUUGAUAGUCACAGAUCAACCUCCGUGCUUCUACUCCACUAGUCUAAGAUAUCUUGGGCCUCCACUGAGGUGAUCGUAAUGAAAGUGUUGAUAUAUCAAUUAUCCAAAGCAUUUCCACUAAACCUUUGCAAUAUUCAUACUUUUCUGACCCUUUAGAUUUAUUUAAUAACUCUUUAGAUUUUAAGUAAAGCUAAGUACAAAAACUUUAGCAUCUACUUAAUUAGCAAUUAAUUUACAACUAAAUGACACUUUAAAUAAUAAUUAAUUUAAUUUUUUACGUCAGUACUUUGUUAUAGUACAAAAAUUUAGCAAUAAAUAUAUAAAUAUAACACUUAAAUUACUUAAUCCUAAAUAAAAUAAAGUAACUGGCGUGAUAUAAUUUUUUAUAGCUUAUACAUUAGUGGUUAUAUUUUUACGAGUAUGAUUUAUUUUUGUUAUGGGCAGUAAAGUUUACAAUUAUUACACUUUAUAAAUCAAUAGGAAGACAUCAGAAUCAUUGAACUGUUUAUAUAAGUUUUAAAUAAUCCAAAAUACAUUUACCAAAGGUUUAUCAGAAAAAAAAACUAAUAUUUAAAGUAGCAAUUAAGUUAUAACUAUCAUUCAAAUUUUUUGAUAAAAUAAUACCAUUUAUUAAAGUCUUAAAAUAUUCUAGGCCAAUUGACCAUUUAACGUGAUAAAAAAUUAAAUAAAUUUUAGUCACAAACUUGACACAGAUGUAAAUUUGUCUUUAAUAAUUUUAUGUAAA